ACUGUCAAAACCAGCAUUUCACUCGUUGGCGCAUUCGGAACAGUUGAAAACGUUUCGCUGUGAUUAGAUUUUAUUAUUAAAAACUUCGCUGUUACCGCAAUUAGUUAAGGAUUUUUGUAAUUUACCUCAAACAAUCAAGUGAAUUGAGUGGCUGGCGUCCAAAAUCAAAAUAUUUGUUAAUGGAAAACUGAUUUUUCGAGUGAAUUGAACGUGAUAAUAAAAAGUCGUAAUUAAAAGUCCAACAACAUGGCUACCCAUUGACAAGCGUACAUAGGAAAAUUUUGUAAAUUUAAAAGGGAGGAACAUCCGGCUAAUUCGAAAAACUACGAACGUUGUAACCAUGGAAGAAGACGAUUUGGAAUUCCUUCGCAUGGCAGCGCUUAAAUCGCUACAAUCAAAGAAAUCACAAAAUAAAGAGAAAGUUGGCAACGCAAUCAAAGUUGUAGAAUCCAUAGCAGUACCAUCGGCUACUGUACCGUAUUUUGCGCCUGCUAAUCAUCCAACGACUGGUUCUCGUAUUCAAACGCUAGUGAUUCCCAAUGACAAUUCAUCGGUAAACGAACCGUAUUUACCACAACGACGAGACGCUAUAGCGCCAUGGACAGACACGGAAUAUGGUGGUCCUUAUGGCGUUGCAGUGCCAUCAUCUCGAACCAUGCUACCAAAUGUUCAACUAUCACCUCGAAGUGCUGCAUUCGUAUCACAAAACAACGAUAUACUGAACCGAAGAAAGGGACACGCAGCAUCACCGGAACGCGAUCGCUCUCGAUCGCCAAUCACACCGCCCAGUCGUUAUACGCCCGCCAGAUGGUCAGUGUCGCCACCACCAUACAAACAUGUCAACACAAGACCUCACUAUGAAAACAGAAGCGGAAGUAGGUCACCGAUCCACAGGGAGAAAUCGCCACAAAUUUAUCGACGAUCGCCGUUGCCUAACUCUAAAUCUCCACCUCAACUAUCGAGAAAAUCGAGGUCACCUCCACAGCUGAAAGUUCGAAAAUCGCCGUUGCGAAAAAGUCUGUCCGGAUCACCGCACAGAACCGCAACGGAUCGUCAUCCGCCGUCACCAUACUCGCGAAAUCGAUCACCUGCAGGAAGGUACUCGCAUAGUCAGAAAGGUCACCGACGCUACUCACCAUCGCAAAGUCGGUCAUACAAUCGGAAACAGUUAGCCAGACGGUCAUUGUCACCUCGUAACAAUGGCCAUCAACCAAUCAAGCGUUCCAAGUCGCCAAUUAAUUCCAAACGAUCCAGAUCGAGGUCGCCGAAUAAAAACGUGGCGAGUCGUCCGAGUCGGAACGAACGCUUGAUCAAGCGUCGUUCUCCACUGUACAAUCGGAAAAAUAACAGCAACCGAGGUUCGAACCGUAGCAAACGGAAAUUGACUCCGCCACAGAGUCCGACAAAUAAGAAGAAGGUGGAGAAGACACAAAAUGCUGUUCCGCAAAGUGGGGUAGACAAAAAGCCCUCCCCAACGGUGGAAAAGAAUAAGACCGAGAAGACUACCGACACAACAACAGAUAAACCAGAACCAACUAGUGAAAAGUCAACUGAAAGUGUCGAAAAUGAAAUGUCAGCAUCGAGUGACGACGAUAAAUCGAGCGACGAGGAAGACGAUGGAAUUGACUUGUUUGCAUCCGAAGAAAGUGAAUCGGAGAACGAGGGACGAUUCAAAUCGAAUUCCAGCAAAAAUGCCCGAUCGAAUACAGCGGCAACGGUCUCGUUUUCGAAGUUAGGAAAUGCAACCGCUUCGACGUUAGGUGAAUUGAACGAAGUGAAAGCGGAUAGGAAUUCGUCAUCUAGUCAUAGAGAGGAUAGGUACAAACGAGGCUCCAACUACAGCAGUCGGAAAGACGAUCGGAGCAAAAAAUAUGGCAGUAGUCGUAACGAGGACAGCCGAUACGGUGACAGUAGUCGAAGUAGUUACAAAUCCAGAUAUGUGUCGUCGACAGCCUCGGCGGUAACGAAAGUGGUGGAAGAAAAGAAAAAAGAUGAGAAAUCGAUGUUCAAGUCAACGUUUCAAGUACUCCCCAGCGAAAUGAAGUCUGAAGCCGUCAAGUCAACGUCAUCGUCAAAGCCGAUCUUAAGCAGCAGAGUCUCACCGAUCAAGGAGAAGGCCGGAGACAAGAAGCUGAUUGUGUUAAAACGACCUGCAGAGUCCACUGUCGACGAUCCGAUCGACGAAGAAACCGACAAACUACCAUCAUCAGUGGGCGACAAUGCUAAGAAAUCGAUACAUGCACGUCUUGGUGCACCAACGAAAACGUGGAAAAAUAAAAAAUCGUGGCGAACAGAAAAGGUAUCCCAAAUGUUUUACGUAAAUAGAUUUUCACUACAAUUGUAGGUCUAGGCAGAGAAUUUUCAGCUAAAAUUUUUUUACUUUCUACCAAACAAAAAUUAUUAUUUUUUUCAAUUUUCUUUUGUAAUUUUAAAAACUUUUAAGCUGUAAGAACAGAGACGUUUGGAGGCGAUUUGUAGAGGCCAGUGUUGUUGAUUUAUAUCAAUGAGAGAGGAGGAUAUAUAGACUGACAUUGAUAUUUACACUUUUUGCUUUCCACAAAUUUUAUGUUGAGUUCGAGAGACUAAUUAAAAUGUAAACGAAAAACAACUGAGCUAAUGAAAUAUUCCAUUUUAAUUUCCACAAUUAAACCAAAUGAAGCGAAAUUUUAACUUUAUUAUAAGUUCAAAAAUGUUAAAUUUUCAUAAACAAAUUGUGAGCUGUGAACAAAUAUUUUGAUUUAUAAAAUUUUACUUUAGUUUUUCAACACAUUUUAUAGGUCUACUGUUUACGAUAAAAAUAUUUUUUUCGAAUUUAUGUCAUGAAAAUUUAGUGUUUUUUCUUAAACAAUUUAUUGAAAAAUAGUUAUGAGGUCGGUAAUGAGUCGCACACACAUACAGUAUUUGUUCUAUGUAUAACAAAAAUGAGUCAUGAAACUAACAACAAUCAAUGUCGUGUUAUUAUGAGAUCAUCAAAAUGUUGGUAGUCUGUUCUUGUGUCUGCUAUUUUUGUUAAUGCUUUCUAUUCUAUGUCUCGGGUUUACUCUUCUUUUUUGAGUGAAUUUUCCAUUUCUGUUAUAAUUAGUCAUUGUACCUACUCGCAUUGCACGCGGUUCUUCGAUUUAAUUGAUAUAAUUCAAUGCCGUAUAACCUCUAUAAGUGUUGGAGAGCACUUUUUGAUCAGUUGAAUUUAACUGGUCUCGGGGUCACACUUCAAAAUCAGAGAAAUCGCAUACAAGUUGAAACUGAGCCUAGGUCUAGAUUCUAUUUUCGUUCGUUAAUUUUUGACUGCUGUCUCGAGUCAAAUUAAAUUUAACUGGUCUUCGCUCUUCAAUACGUUCAUGAGCGAACGGUGCACACUACCUGAUGCUAAAAGUUCAUUUUUGUUGUAAUUGUAUUUAAUAAGAGAAUGGAAUCUGAUCCAUCAAUGACCCUAAAGUUUAAUUUUUGUAGUCUGAAAGACUCUCUGGCUGUACUAUUUUACUUGUAGUUCCCCUAACGCCCAUGAAAAGAUGUUUUUUAAAUGAAAGUGAUGUUAUUAAUACGAUCCGAAAGUAUUCUUGUAUAUAGAGCGCUUUGAGGGGACGCAGCCAACUCAAUAACAAUACCGCUUGUUUACACUGAGCCGUCCCUAUUGUUAUUGAGUUGACUGCGUUCCCUCAGUACACUCUAUAAGUUCUAUAAGUCAAAUGACUCGAACCGUUAAACCUCGGAUGAAGAUCCUAUUUUGAAGAAGUAAAAUUAAUGGAAAAUCCUCGAAAUCUCUUUUCCUUUCAAGAAUUUACGAGAAUUUUAUUUCGCGAAAAUCGGUGCUCAAUGUCGGCUUAUAAUUCAAGUGAUCCCUUUUUGCGACUUAACCAAAAAAAAAAUCAAAACUGUUUCCACUUGCUUAUACGGUUGAAGCUGCUAGCUACAGAGAUGAAGCAGAUUUAUACUGGUAAUUCACUGCCACUGACUGUACUCAAAACGUAAAAAGAAAGAAAUUUUUGACACAUUCUUUAGAAAUUUAACGCAUUUGUUGGGAAAUUUCAAGAAAUUUAGAGAAAAAUAUUUGAGAAACGUAUUUCUCAAUGAAAAUACAUAAGAAAAAAAAUUAAGAAAAUCCUCAACGAAAUUUACAAACCCUCCGCCUUAUGUAUACAAACAAAUGUUUAACUUUGAAGUAGUGUCGGAAGUGACAACAAAAAUUAUCCCUCGUCACUCAAUACUAAUUGUAAUCAUAGUUAAGCAAUCGAAAAUUAUGAACAACAAAUUCAAACCUCAAUUUAGACAAUCAUCGUUCCGAUUUUCCCAUAUUUUCGUUUCGCAAAUAUUUAACUCAUUAAUCCCAAUCGAAUCCAAUCCAAAUAUUUUUUUUAUGAUUUCGCAUUAAUUUACCUCAGCAUAAUAUCCGAUGUCAAAUAAAAUAAGAUAAUUGGAUAAAAGUAUAUGUCAUACGACAGCAUAUUCGGAGGGUAAAUCUGAUUAUUUAUUGUAAUUGUUAUACUAACCGAAUUCCAAGUGCAAUUAUUGAUUUUAUAACUGUGAUAUAGAAUACUACGUACCUGCUUGUAAAAUUUGUUGUUUUGGAAAGCGUGGGUGUUGCGGAACGAGCCGAAGGCGAGUGAAGUAUUCACACAAAUCAAAACAAUAGUUUACAAACAAUUGAAUGAGUUAUUUUACAUGCUAGUGGGCGGUAAGGUCAUUUUCACUGUCACAAACAGUGACUUAAAGUGAACUUUAUCGCCCGCUAGAAUGUAAAAUAAAUUUAUAGUGAUGAACAUUCCUAAGUGUUUAAGAAACGAACUGAAAGUUUAGUUUUUAAGGAAAGGCUAAAAAUAUAAGAAAUUUUUUAAUUUUUCAUUUUUGAAAAUAUAUUUUGUUUGGAAGUUGAUCGAAUGAUCACUUUUGAUCAUUUCGCUUUUUUACUGUUUAAGCCGAAUAAAUAACAAAGAUUUCAUCAUAUCAUUUCACAAAUUGUAUACUUUGACUAAUUGUUUUGUUUAAAUGAUUAAAAAUAUAUUUAUACGAAAUCUGUGAUAGAUAUAAGGCUGCCAUUUUGUCAUAGUCGAUAAGAAAAAAAAAAUGAAACGAAAAAAAGAAGAAAAAAGAAAUCAGAGCAAAAAAAAUAAUAAAAAGAAUCUGCUCGAGGAUUGAAAUUAAUUCUAAGUUUUAUCUACAAAAAAAAAACCAAAAAAAUAAUUUUUACGAUUGACCCCCAAUUGGAGAAACGGAACACUUAUUUUUGUUUGAUCAAUAGGUCUAAAAUCAUCCUCGAACUCAUCUUUACUUUGAAUGAAAUGGUACAACUUAUUCCGCAAAUAAAUCAAAAACAACCCGCCAAAACAGCCCGCUCCGAUACAAACAUUUCACAACCACCCCAUCAAUCGUCAGUUUGACAACCGGUUGGCAAAGUGUUCAUGCACAUCAUGCAGUUUCACCACAGAGAGCGAGAGUGAUUGUCGAUGCACACCCAUCAACAAAACCAUUUUCUUCGGGGGAUAAGAGUGGCCUUAUAACAAUCAACCUAUCAACCAUUCAUCGUUAGAUUAUUAGAAUGCCAAAAAAUAAUAAAGAGAAAAAAAUUGUAUGGACUUUUAGUUAGUUGUCUUUGAUUUGUAAGUAAAAUUGCAAAAUAAAAAAAAAAUGUUGAAAUCAAAAA